AAGGAAAGAGAGAUAGAAGUGGAGGCCCUGGCGGGUGACUUACGCCACCAUGGAGGUUAUGGUCUUUCCUUCUUCAAUUCUUCCCCAUAACACCAUUUUCUAAUUUCACUCUUUUUUUUUGGUUCGUUCAUCAAAACCCUAAAUUCACCCUUUUCAAUUUCAUCAAACCCUACCCACCUGCAUUCCCAAAUCCAUUGUUUGAUCCAUCCGCCCAAAAAAACCCCUAAUCAUUAGUUCCGAAGUUGCAGCUACCAAUGGGAAGCAGCAGCGGCAGCGACGUGGAGGCGGGGUUUGCCAAACUCCAGGGAGAGGAUUUUGAGUACUACAUGCAGACGUAUUCCAUCAUCCUUGGCCGCAAUAGCAAGAAAUCAACCGUAGAUGUUGACCUUUCCAGCCUCGGCGGUGGCAUGAACAUCUCCCGCCACCACGCCCGCAUCUUCUACGACUUCCAGCGACGUCGUUUUGCCCUCGAGGUCCUCGGCAAGAACGGAUGCCUCGUGGAGGGGGUGCUCCACCUUCCUGGUAAUCCUCCGGUGAAGCUUGAUUCUCAGGAUUUGCUCCAGAUUGGGGACAAGGAAUUCUAUUUUCUAUUGCCGGUGAGGAGCAUUCUCGGGGGUACUGGCGCCAGCGUGCGCCACCACCACUCAGCAGCCUCGCUCCAUUUGCCGCCUCCGCCUCCUGCUCCGAUUCCGGGUCGGAUUUCGGUGGCGAGUGGAAUCGGGGGAAAGAAAGGGAGAGGGGGUAGGCUUUUGAGUGAAUAUUUUGAUGAUGACUAUGACGAUGAGGAGGGCAGCGGCAGUGGGAAGAAGAUGAGGAGGGAGGGGCAUGAGGUUUUUGGUGGAAAGGCUGGAUUGUCUGGGCAAUUGGUUUUGGUGGACAAGAAGGCAGAAGCAAGAUCCAGAGUAGACAGAGAUGCAGAUAAUCAUCAACUUUUACAGUUGGAAGAGAAGGAUGUGGUGUCAUCUGUGGCUACAGUGCUUUCUGAUCUUUGUGGCCCUGGGGAAUGGAUGCCUAUGGAGAAACUCCAUGCCGAGCUGGUGGAGCAGUACAGCAGUGUCUGGCAUCACAGCCGAGUAAGAAAAUAUCUCACUUCUGAGGAAUGGUCUAGUCCGGAAUCCAAAGGGAAACCAUGGUUUGGCUUGCUUAUGCUGUUGAGAAAAUACCCAGAACACUUUGUCAUCAACACUAGAUCCAAGGGCCGGAUAACCCUGGAGUUUGUGUCUCUUGUGUCUCUGCUUUCAUAAAAUUGGGAAAACAUCAGGGAGUCCCACCCAGCACUUGGAGCAAUGCUGUUAAGCCGUGUUUAAGUGUGUUGCAGUGAGCAAUGGAGGGUGUGAAGGGAGACCUUGGUUCAAGGCAUGUACAUGAUAAGCAAGCAUGGAUACUAACUAUGUAUUGUCAUUUGUGACUCUCUGUUUAUUAGACAUAGAGGUGUCUUUUCUUUAAUUUUUAAAUUGUGGUUUUCACAUGUUUUCACUACUUGAGAUGGUGGUAGUAUCAAUAUAUGCCCAAAAGGUUUGUAACUGCCAAA